GCCGUACGCAGCUGUCAGUUUACGCGCAUGCGCGGUGUAGAUCGAGCAGUGAUGCGCAUGCGUGAUGCAAAUCGGGCAGCGACAGAGGGAAGUUUAACUGAAACUCUGAAAUUUUGAAAUCGUGUUUAAACGUUCAGAAACAGAAGUUCAGAGAAACAGACAGAACUGACGCGGGAGUGACGCAAGAGUGACGUAGGACUGACGCAGGAGUGACGCUGCUGCGGAGCGUCACAUCAGGAUGAAGAGCUCCGCCCCCCUCCUCUCUCCUCCCCCCUCCCCUCACCCCGCCCCUCUCCCCCUCCCCUCCUCCUCCUCUCUGAUUCGCUGCCCUGAACUCGACCUGUCCGUCACGCUCAGCCCCACCCCCAAGACCGGCCACACACACCUGAAGCCCCGCCCCCUCCGGCCGUGUCCGCAGAGUGACCAAACACACCUGAAGUCCCGCCCCCAAGGACAGACAGGAAGAAAGAGGAACACAAAGGUGUGUUUUGAAGAGCCGCUGGUUGUCACGGUAACACCAGAGCCUCACAUCCCGCUGAGCAAUGACGUGCCACCUCAGCAGCCGAUCAGCAGUCAGAGGAGGAGGAGAGGUGGUCACCAUGGUGGAUCCCCCAAACAGAGGGCGGGGCCUCCUGCUGCAGUGUCCAAUGAGGAUCCAGCAUGUCUCGAGGAGGCGGAGCCAAACACCACACUGGCUCUGAAGGCGGAGCUUCAGUCACUGCAGGGGGUGGAGUUUAACUCCCAGAAGGCCGUUCAGGAGACACUACGGAAGUCUAAGAGGACCAAAAACCUGAUCAACACCAGAGCUACUGAAGGAGUGAAUGUCUCUCGCUCUCAGCUUCUCUUCACCUCAUUGGUCAGCGUUGAUGUGCAGCAUGAUCAGCUGAUCAGCCAGGCGCUGCAGGAUAGGCUGCUGCUGGCUCCGCCCUCCCGCAGCCAUGACAACAAAGCAGCAGAUGGCCCCUCCCCACUCCUCUUCAUGACCUCUGACCUGCUCAGACAGAAGCCCCUCUCACCAGAGGAGGAGCCAAUAAACAGAAAACCCCGCCCAUCUCAGUGCCCCGCCCCCUCGACAUUUGACCUCUACAGCCGGCGGAGACGCUGGGAGGCCACGCCCUGACACACCUUUAACGCUCUGAUUGGCUGGAGGUACUGAGGUUUUAUUGGUCACCCUGUGUGAUGUCAUCAGAUUAGUUUUUAAAUUAUUUCUGUGAGCUGUUUUUAUUCCUGUAAAGACUCAAUAAAGUUUUUUCAAUCAAUA